CCGGCCACGAGCAUUUAUUAAAUCCCAACCAAGGCUCUGCUGUUGCCUCAGGCCCCUCCUAGUUUCCUCCAGUGUCUCAGCAAAGAGCUGCACAGAAGGGCGGGAACUGACUGUGGUUUUCGUCCUGCUCUUGAGGUUUUCAAACAGGUCCGUCAUGUUACUAUAAAAGUGCUGUGUAGAUUUGCCAGUAGUGUGUUGAAAUUUCUGCAUUUUCAGUGUUUGCAAUGUCCGGGCGAGGUAAGGGUGGCAAAGGCUUGGGAAAAGGCGGCGCCAAGCGGCACCGUAAGGUGUUGCGGGAUAACAUCCAGGGCAUUACUAAGCCUGCUAUUCGACGUCUUGCUCGUCGGGGCGGAGUGAAGCGUAUUUCUGGUCUGAUCUACGAGGAGACUCGUGGGGUGUUGAAGGUGUUUUUGGAGAAUGUGAUCCGCGAUGCCGUCACUUACACGGAGCAUGCCAAGCGCAAGACGGUUACGGCCAUGGAUGUGGUAUAUGCGUUGAAGCGUCAGGGACGCACCCUCUAUGGCUUUGGUGGCUAAUCCUUAUAUCCAGUUACUUUUAUAAACCAAAACGGCCCUUUUCAGGG